UUCCCAGCCGCCCUGCCUGCCUGCCUGCCCGUCUGUCUGUCUGCCCGCCCGCCCAGCAAAGCUACGGACCGUCACUGCCAUAAAAACGCUGCCGAAAAUUCGUCUCCUCCCCCCCGUCGUCUGUCUGCUACCACCGGGAUAAUGAUCUCCCUAUCCACAAACCUGAAAAGCUCACUAUAGGCGCGGUUUACUUGUGAAUUAUUUUUUCCUCCUCCACGAAGAUCGUGAACUACUAUGGGACAUGAAAAACUAACUGGCUGCCUAUUAGGCUAACGCCUGUUAGCUUCCACAGCAGUCGGUUUACAACCGAAUCGAGCUAAUCGGCUACGGUUUAGAUGGGUGAUUCCUGGCCGGUUUGUCGAAAGAUUGGAUGUUUUUCGAAAGUGUGCAACUGAGAAUGCUUUUUUUGCUGAUAAGGUAGUUGCACUUGUGUUACUGUUUUGCGAUAUUUGCAUUAUUUGCCUAAGUUUUCCAGAGCCAGACGGUCGUCAUGGACAGCUAACAUGUUAGCACGCAGAAAUGGACGUUGUUCGCUGGUUGGUUUUAAAUGGCAGAUGCGAAAAACAAGUUAGCUACUUGGUUUAUCCGCCCGCUCUGUGCUGAGUCGACAACGAGAAUAACUUAACUCCAAGUUAGCAGUUAAUGUUAGCUUUCAAAUCACUCGAACUGACCGCAACUCAACGGCGCAGUUUUUUUUCUUUCCCAUCAAUCCUCAAUGCGUAGUUCCAUACAUGACAGAGCAACUCAAUUCAUUGAGCUGACGCGAGUAAAUAAAAGGGACUGAAUAUACAACACAGUGAUGGCUGGGGGGAAAAGAAGAGGACCAGGACAAGUAAACCCCAGACUUGGAGGAGCUCCAGCUACAAGACCAAAGCCAAUAUCCACUGUCAUGGCUGAGGGCCGAAUUACCAUGAAAUCAUUCGCUAAAUGCGUGUAUUGCCUGACUAUUCUUCUCACCUCUGUGGCUGCGGCGCAGGGCGAGGAAAGGGAGUGUGCCUUCACAGAUCAGCAGCAGCAGUGGCAGGUAGAUCGAGUGGCCGGGGGCGAAGGUCGAGUCUCCCCAGAGAACACCACCAUCCGCUGUGCCAAGGGCAGUCACUGUUUUGGCUUGUGGGAGAAAAGUCCUCCAGGCGAAGUGCGACUGGUCAAACAAGGGUGUUGGACUCACCUUGGAGACCACCAGGGUUGCCGUGAAGACCGCUGCGUGGUGACCAACCUCCCUCCGCAGAUCCAGAAUGGGACGUACCACUUCUGCUGCUGCGGGAGUGACAUGUGCAAUGUCAACUUCACGGAGGACUUCCCGUUGCCCAGCCCCACAUCUGCACAAUCAAUCUACCCACGCACGCUGCGCUACGAAGAGACGGUAAUUAUCGCCCUGGCAACAGUCUCCGUGUUGGCUGUGCUCGCUGUAGCAGCCUUCUUUGGUUACCGCAUGAUGCACGGAGAUGGCAAGCAAGGCCUUCACAACCUGAAUAUGAUGGAGGCUGCUGCCUCGGAGAGUUCACUGGACCUAGACACUCUGAAACUGCUGGAGCUGAUUGGACGGGGCAGAUACGGGACAGUAUACUGUGGCUCUCUGGAUGAACGGCCCGUUGCCGUGAAGGUGUUCACUGCUGCCAACCGCCAGAACUUCCUCAAUGAGUGCUCCAUCUACCGGCUACCACUGCUGGAGCAUGACAACAUCGCUCACUUUGUAGCUGCUGACGAGCGCACGGGCUCAGAAGGACGCACAGAAUACCUGCUGGUCAUGGAAUACUACCCACAUGGCUCUUUGAAUCGCUACCUGAGUAUGCAGACCAAUGACUGGGUCAGCAGCUGCCGGCUCGCUCACUCUGUCACUCGUGGCCUUGCGUACCUGCACACCGAGCUCUUUAAAGGAGACUUGUACAAGCCUGCAGUUUCCCACAGGGACCUGAACAGCCGGAAUAUUCUGGUCAAAGCUGACGGCACAUGCGUCAUCAUCGAUUUCGGCCUGUCCAUGAAGCUGACUGGAAACAGGCCGGCGCGUCACGGCGAGGAGGAAAACGCUGCUAUUAGUGAGGUGGGGACAAUCCGUUACAUGGCUCCAGAGGUGCUGGAGGGCGCCGUCAAUUUAAGGGACUGCGAGUCGGCACUAAAGCAAGUGGAUAUGUAUGCUCUGGGCCUGGUCUACUGGGAGACCUUCAUGAGAUGUACUGACCUUUUCCCUGGAGAAUCUGUGCCAGAGUACCAGAUGGCCUUUCAGGCAGAGGCAGGGAACCACCCAACAUUUGAGGACAUGCAGGUCCUGGUAUCCAGGGAGAAGCAACGGCCUAAAUUCCCCGAAGCCUGGAAAGAGAACAGUCUGGCGGUUCGCUCUUUGAAAGAGACAAUGGAGGACUGUUGGGACCAGGAUGCAGAGGCUCGUCUCACAGCGCAGUGUGCUGAGGAGCGAAUGGCGGAGCUGCUCCUCAUAUGGGACCGCUCCAAGUCAGUGAGUCCAACGCUCAACCCCAUGUCCACGACUCUACAUAAUGAGAGAAAUCGUAUGACGCCAAAGUCCGGCCCGUACGCAGACCAUCCAUCUACCUACAUUGAAGAGCAUGAGGGUGUGGCCAAGAACACUCAGACUGACACCACUAGUUCUGUGAGUGGUAGAGCUGUACCUGGGACUGGAGAGAGAAACAGGAAUUCAAUCAAUCAGGAACGCCAGCAGCAAGCCAAUACCCAUCUGCCCAGCCCAGAGGGCAGCAGUACCAGCAUGGGUCUGAGAGGAAGUCCUUCAACCUCCACCACCACCACCACCAUAAUCUCUGAGUCUGAGGGACCUGUAGGGGCAGCCACCGUCCCGGUCUGCCUCCACCUGACUCAGGAAGACCUGGAAACCACCAAGCUUGAUCCAAAAGAGGUGGACAAGAACCUGAAGGAGAGCUCAGACGAGAACCUGAUGGAGCACUCACAGAAGCAGUUCUGCUCACCAGACCCACUGAGUCCUGGUAGUUCCAGCUUACUUUAUCCUCUGAUCAAGAUGGCCAGUGAAGCAUCCGGCACACCGGACCCUGCUGCCCCCAUACCCACCACCAUCUUCCCUCUCCCCAAGCAGCAGAACCUGCCCAAGAGACCGUCCACCCUGUCUCUGCGCACCAAGCCCCCCAAAAAGGAGUCGUCAUCAUCCUCACUCAGGUUCAAGUUUGGACGCUCGGGCAAAUCCAACCUGCGGCAGGUGGAGGGAACAAAGAGGAACAUUGGUGCUGGAACAGGCACAAACACAGCGGUAGAGGCUCACCGGGGCACAGGCACAAACAACAUACCUGUUCUACGAGACAUGCAUGUCAACGGCAGUGUUAAUGGUGCCGUUAAUGGCCAUGCCAGCUCCAGUAUGUCAUCCGUGGCUGCAGAUGGAGCGACAGGUUUUGGAGGGUCCGCCAUUACUCAGAACGGGUCUGGAGUCCUGAGGUCGGACGACAGCCGCCUGAGCCUCGGCGUCAUCACAGCCAGCCCUGACGAACAUGAGCCACUUCUGAGCAGAGAGCGAGAGCAAUCUGAUCCGAGAGAUGCAUCCUCGAGCGCCGCCACCCUCCGCUCAGCACGACCGAACACCAACAACAACAACAGCAACACUGGCCAAGGCCAGGGGGACGGAGAGAGUGGUGGAGAGAGUGACGGUGCAGAGGAGAGUGGGAGUGGAGAUGGAGGAAACAGAGAAACUACAGGGCCUCCAGGAGAAAGCUUAGGGUCUGGGUCUGGUGCAGUGGAGGACGCACCGGUCACCAUGAGGGGGGAGGCGCUGCUCCGGCAGCCCAGAACCCGGAGGCCUGAGAGACCCAACUCCCUAGACCUGUCCUUCACAACACAGGACCUGACCUCGCUAGGGGGAGGUUUAGUACAGCCGGACGGAGCCUUGGGGACUGGAGAUAAAAUCAAGAAGCGCGUCAAAACACCUUAUUCCCUGAAGAAGUGGCGACCCACCACAUGGGUCAUCUCCACAGACACCAGGGGGCCGGAGGUCAACAACAACGGCUCCACUCACAGUCAGGGCCACAGUCAUAAUCGGCCCAAGUCCAGUUCAGCUGUAUACCUGCGGGGAAGCAGCUUAACCAGCGAGCCCAGCGACACACAUGUGUGAACUCAGACCCUGUGACAAUACUGAAAAAGAAAAAUUUAAAAAAUAAGCAGAGCGCAUUUGGUUUCUGUCAGUUGAGCUCUGAAUCAGCAACAGGAAGCUAUGGGGGUGUCUUGUGAACAAACUGUCGAGUCAGAUUGUGUACAGUAAUUAGGUUUGUCUCACUCUUGCGUGUCUUUCUGAUGAUGGCAUUGCUUUAAAUGGAAUCCAGCUAUGCAGCAUUCUCGUCCACUUCUGUUUCUGCGUUUUUAUUAAUCUCCUUCUGUCGUCGGUUUCAUGUUUCACCCUUGUGAUCACAGCGAUGUUAUUGAAUCCUCCUUUUUAAUGUUUUUUCUCCCCCCCCUCCUUUUAUGUGCACUUUGAACCAAUUCAAAUCAGUGUUUAGAAAAUCCUGUCAGUUGCGACCGCAACAAGAAAGUGGUCUAUGAACGAAAAAAAGGCGAUGACAAACAAUCAACACUUUGAGCAAACUUUGUGUAUCAAACAACUAAUGAGUACGCUCUGUAAACGAAAUAACGGUCUUAAAAGACAUAACAAAACUACUUUAACUUUUUUAAUUAUUUUUUUGAUUUGUAUGCAAUACCAAUUUUAUCUUCUUUGACUGUAUCUAUUUUUUUUUUUUGUAUAAUAAUUUUUAAUUGUGCAAUAGGAUGUAGCUUUUAGAUGCUUUUAAUGUUUUUAUUGCUUCCAUUAUUUUGGUUAUUGUUUUAUCCUGUCAUUAUUUUAAUAUGUUAAUCUCUGUUGCACUUAUUAAUGGUCACAAUCGUUUUGUAAACAAUCCAUUAGAUGCUAUCACCCCCUUACUGGAGAGGAGAAAAUGGAUGACUGUCCUCUUGUCUUUUAUGCCGGACUAUCUUUGGGGGCACAGUCGACUGGAAAAGUUGGGUUUUUUGUGGAACUUCUCUGCUUGCACAACAAAAACCAUGGAUGGCUCAAACUCUGGGGUCUUUUCAUGCUACAAUCAUGCGAAUCAAAUCUACGGAGGGAUCUGUUACAGUGGCUGAUUGGAUCGCUGUACCACUAUCGCCUGACCUCAUUUUGUUUAGCUCUGUGUAUGUGACUGAAAUACCAGAAACACUAGAAAGCCCAGAUUCUGCUCUUUGAACUCUGUUGGAAAUCAGAAACUAGUCUAUAAAAAGAGGAGUAAAAGAAAAACCCUCCGAAGCACGCUGGAUAUUAUUUCUGCUUCUUGGCGUCUCAUCCCUUUGAUGUUUGAGUGAAUGAAUUCCGUGUGUGUGUGUGCGCGUGAGAGAGAGAGAGAGAGAAUGUGCAUGUGUUGUGUUUCUUUCCAUCAGCAAGCAUUAGAAUUGUUGAGGCCGAGCGCUGUACAGGCGUGCUGAAAUUGUCAUUGUACCCAUUCUGUACUUUCAGCGCCGCUUCAGGGCAUAAGAAAAGUUCUUGUUUAUGUUUUUGUAUUCUGUAAUUUGUAUGAAAAAAAAAAUCAUGUGUAUUACAUUGAUAUUCGCAUCAUUUUUAUGGAAUUCUGUUCUGCAUUCAAUGGACAAGGCCUUUUCAUUCCAUUGCUAUGCGUAUGCUCGGUACAGUUUCUGUAAACAUUUUCAAGUCAAUAUGGAAGAAAAAAAUCUCAAUAAAUGUAUGAAAUUAUG